AUGCGCAUGCGCAAUGCCGGCAGUUCUACCACCACCCGGUACCCCGGGGAAGCUGAAGAGCGCAGACGGUUAGUGCGAUGUCGUCAAGCGGAGAAACGGUGCGGCUGCACGAGCAACUACGCGCCGUGUGGAAGAGCGGCAGCGGGGGAGCCGGCGAUGGCCGCGCUGCGGUCCGUGGCUUUUUACGGCACGGCGCUCGCGGCGACAACGAGGUUGCAGAGCGCUGGUUCGUGAUCCUGGGACACUCAUUCUUUUACACCAUCCACUGCGACUCUCCCGAGUUUAGCGGAGCUCUGCUCGCAGACAUAUUUGGGGCCGUAACCGCGUCUGCGGACGCUGAGAAGUCGAUUGAAGAUUUCUUCUUCAACUCCCCCGCAGAAUCGUCCGUCGUCCAGUCCCACGCUAUUCACCUGAGGGCUACUCUGGUAUCAGGGGUUGAGGUCCUACUGUGUCCAGAGACGGUGGAGGAGCAGGAGAUGUGGCUGGACAAACUGCAGACUGUUGGGCUCAGCGUUUCAAAGACUGAGACACAUGCACUAACAACUGGAAGUAACGCUUACGAGAUGGAUCAGUUUUGCUGACGGUUUGUUUUCA